UCAAAUGUCAAUUGUUAUAAGGUUUAUUGUUAGAUUCUUCCAAAAUAUAGAUUGGAUCUAUUCAAAAGAUUUUAUUCCAGAAAUAUGUUUAAUGUUAUAUUAUAGUGCACUGUCUUUCUUAUCAUGAAGAUAUAUUGUACAUAAACAGUAAAAAUGUCUACGUUAAUCCAGUCGUAUGAGCAACAGUACUCUGUGCUCACAGCUGAUAUUACUUCAAAGAUAGGCCGUUUAAAAUCAUCUAAUGAAGAUGAUCGAGAACAGUUAUCCAGACAAAUUCAGGCGAAUUUUGAAGAAGCAAAUGAUUUGCUGGAACAGUUGGAGCUGGAGUACCGCGGCUCGGGGGCCGGGUCCCGCGUGGCUGCGUAUCGCGUUGAGCUGCAGAGAGUACGUGACGAGUAUCGCGCGGUCGCUUCUAACAAUGCUACAUAUAACAUAGAUCCGGACGAGUAUGAAGACUGGUCCAUGGUGAAUGACCAGAGGCAAAGGCUACUGGACAACACGGAGCAGCUUGAGAGGACGGGGAAGACCUUGACCGAGGGCUACCGAGUGGUGCUGGAAACCGAGCAGAUAGGGGCAGCCGUGUUGCAGGACCUGAGUGAGCAGAGGGAAACCAUCCAGAGGUCCAGGGGACGGUUACGUGAAACUGACGAGCAACUGAACCGGUCUUCUCGGCUGAUGAACACGAUGGUGAUGCGGGCACUCCAGGAGCGAGUGGUUCUGGCGGCCGUGGCCAUAGCGCUGGCCGUGCUCUCCGGCGUGGCGCUGUACUUCUACGUCACGUAGCAACCCCUGGCGCUAAUAGCGAUCAGGGAUGACGCUUUGCUGGUCGCCAUACAUUGAAAACCGGCUGUAUACCACAAAUAUACCACGAGACGAACUAGUCGGAUGCGCCAAAAAAUUGCGGAUGACCUUGGAGCGCCCGCUGCGGCUUGCGCUGCUGACGUCACUCGCAUUUCACUGACAUUUGAAUUCCAAUUAGGGUGGCAGUUUGCAAUCAGCUUUAAGAUCCGUUAUAUUUAUUAUCAUAGCUCUAAGAUAUCGAUCACGUCGGUACACCGAAACUCCGAAUCCAAGCGACCAAUCACGAAGACUUAAAAGCGCUUUUUAUGAUUGGACGUUCGAUGGGCGCAAUCUUCACAUUUGCCGAAGAUGCGAGUUAGGUUAGGUUAGUAAAAAUCACAGAAUUAAGAACAUCAGGAACCCUCAUUAAGUCAACAUUGCAUGCAGUGUCCAAAAACCAGUGAAAACGCCCGUGCACAUCUCAUUUCACACCAGCGGAAUUGCUAGCUGAUAAACUUUUUCCCAUUUUGUUGUAAACGUUUAGAACAUUAGAGGUAAAAUAAUUACUGUCAAUUGCCAAGCGGUAUGAAGUGAUUAACCUGAUCGAGAAACACCACUAAAGUGGAGUGGUUUUUUAUGUUUCUAUAUUAUUCGAGUACACGGUUUCUGUAUGUUUUUAAUUCUGUGGUAAAAAUGUUAAAGCUUCCAAUACAAUUCAUCUGAUUUGAGUCUGUGGUUGCAUAUAAAUUAUACCAAUUCAAAUAACUGCCUAAAAGGUUUGGAUCGUAGCUGCCAUACCCAGAGUAGCGUGCACUUCUUACAUGCACGAAAGCACUG